AUGUUCAGGAAAGACCAUCGGGCGUUCCGGUCUACAGUUGAAGAAUACUUCAAACACUGGGAUGAUAGGAAACCCCGCGAUGAAACUGCGAAGGAUAGACUGGAUCGAUUGACUUCCUAUGCGGCAUUGUCACAACAAUAUUAUGACCUUGUGACCGAUUGUUUUGAGCAUGCGUGGGGCAGGUCGUUCCAUUUUUGUCGGGUUGCCUACGGCGAGCCAUUUAGCCAGGCCACGGUUCGUCACGAGCACUUUCUAGCUCACAAAUUGGGGCUCCAAGAAACUCAAAGUGUGCUUGACGUUGGCUGUGGCGUUGGUGGUCCUGCUCGCGAAAUUGCCAGGUUCACUGGUGCCAGCAUCAUUGGCCUCAACAACAAUGAUUACCAGAUCGAACGAGCACAUCAAUAUACCGUCAUGGAUGACCUCAGCCAUAAAGUCAGGUUUGUCAAAGGGGACUUUAUGCAGAUGCAGUUUGAGCAUAGCUCUUUUGAUGCCGCUUAUUCAAUAGAGGGCACGUCAUACGCACCCGAUUUGGCAUUGGCCUACGCAGAAAUCUUCAAGGUCCUGAAGCCAGGCGGAGCCUUUGCUGUCUAUGAGAUGGUCUUGACGGAUUCAUACGACGAUCACAACUUGGAACAUCGUGAAAUUCGCUUCAAUCUCGAGAAAGGCUUGGGUCUAUCAAACCUUGCACAGGCUUCUGGCGCAAUCAACACAAUUAAAGCUGCUGGCUUUGAUCUGGAAGCUGCUCAUGACCUGGCUGAGCUUCCACACCAAGUACCUUGGUAUUACCACACAGCUGGCUCGUUCAAGAACCUGAAUUCCGCCUGGGACAUCACGAGGAUUGCUCAAAUGAUGUUACUACGUUGUGGUAUUUAUGGUAGUGUUUUUGGAACACUGGAAAAGCUUCGUAUCGUACCUCAGGGCGCCAGAAGGAUUGGAGACAACCUAGCUCUAAUGGUUGAUUCCGUUACUCGGGCCGGCGAAAUGAAGCUGUUCACACCAUUAUUCAUGAUGGUAGCCAAGAAACCAUUGAAAUAA